AUGUAUACAUUUCUGAUUUGUUUUCUGUCUUUUGUGAUAUUUAGUUCCUGUGGUAGAAAUGAAGGUUCCCUUCUGCAGCAAUCGUAUCGUCCCCAGAAAAAAUCAGCUUUUCAUAAAGACAACAAAUGUCCCGCAAUAAACGAAGUGUUCACCGAAUGCGGCUUGGAAUGUGACCCCAAAUGUUACCAAAUAUUCAACGUCGGCGGCAUCCCCAAGUGCGUCCCUGAGACCUGCACCCCCGGAUGCAUCUGCAGAAGGGGCACCGCCCGACGAUCUGAUGGAACCUGCGUACCCUACAAUGUCUGCCAACAUGGGAAACAUGAAGACGUUAUUCCACAUGUGCCGUUUAAUAAAUUACCGCCUCCUAAAUUACGGCCUAGUUAUAAACCAGGUGUCCCACAUUUGCCGACUGGCGACUUUAAUGAAGAAGCAUAUGCGGGAAUUCAUAAAGAACCGUAUGAGGAUGGAGCAUAUGCAGGAAUUCAUAUAGAACCGAAUGAGGAUGAACCAUCAGGUGCACAAUUGUCACCAAAGGUUUUUACGGUGGCAGAUUUUCCAGAUUAUUACAAAGAUAAAUUCUUGGAGUAUAUGAGUAGACAAUGAAUUAUACGACUUCGAAAUUAUGCGACCAUUAUAUGGAUACAUGGAUACUAUGAGAACA